UUCCAGACUGCCCCUUUCUCUCUCUUUUUUUGUCAAAUUCUUCAAAUUAAUUAAAUAUGGAGGAAACAAUCGAGGUCUUUGUUCAUCCUCCUUCACCAAGCACCCGCACAGUAACAAACGAUAACGUUAACGAACGAAAAGGUAUUGGAAGCCAGGUGGAGUUUCCUUCAAUCAAUUCAUUAUUUUCACCCACAUCAACGACGACGAAGAAUAUGCCAAGGUGCAAAUUAACUAUUGACACAGAUCUACAUCAUCUUUCACCUAUCAGUCCAAUUUUGACAACAACAUCAACAACAACAACAACGCAAACGUUAAAGAAAUUAGAUACUAUUGAGCCUGAUUUGAACAAAAGGGAUCUAUCGUCGUCUUCAAUGACUAAUACUUCUCCUCUCUUAUUGUCUUCACCUUCACCGUCACCAUCGCCUUUGAUAACACCUCUGAGUUAUGAUCAUGCCUCUACUACUCCUCAGAGCACUUUCCUGCUACCACCUCCAGCUUCUUUCAAUAGGACGGCUGCUACUUCUCCCUCUUCUGCGACCACUACUACUGCAACUUCAUCAAAUACCCUUGACUCGCCAGUUUGUUCAGCCUUUUCCUUAUCUCCACUCACUCUAUCUUCACCCAUGUCGUCAUUCGCUAUUACCACUGAUCAUAGCGAAGAAGACCAAUUAUCUUUAUUCCCUUCCUUAUCAGAGCAGCGGCAACAACAAUCAGCAGGGGCAAGUAUUGACGAUAUCAAUGCUACAGCACCUUCAACAUCGACCGGGAAAACACAACGAUCUUGCUCCCCUUCGUUACAAACACGACCUGUUCAUAAUACUGUUACUACUACUGGCCGUACUAUUUUAAAGCGAAAGCGUGGUAGACCCUCAACCACCCAUCAUCCAUUGCAGCUGCCUGCAGACCAUGGUAGUCUCAUCACCAAGAAUGAUACUCGAUGCUGGACAUUUGUUGAACCUACUGUUUGGAAUGUGAAGCAUAAUCAAAGAGAAAUAGACUUGAUAAAAAGAGAACUGCAGCAGUUAGACACAGAAGAGGAUCCCCAAGUAUCUACGUUUCGGCGGCAAAACAUUGCAGCUUCCAGUACUACAACCACAUAUAUUAGUACCGAUUUGAAUAUGAAUCUGAAUAUACCCAAGAAGAAAAGAGGACGGAAACCGAAGAAACAACUGGUGGGCAAUGGUUGCUUUGUAUGGAAAGAUUUAACUGCUCCAAGAGGCGCCAAUAAAAAGAAGCAGUAGCAGCAGCGAAGGAUUUGCAGAAGACUUUUCAUUAACAAAAAAAAAAAAAGGUUUCUGUACAUUUUUAUAUAGUCAAGCAAACAAAAAGGUCUCAGCCUUUCUUUUCUUCUCUUUACGCAUUCUGCUAAAACUUUUAUAUAUACUUAUUUAUUUACACUUAUCUAUUUAUAUCCGUAUGUUGCGCGCGCGCGUGUGUGUGCUUUUCUUCCCUUUUGUUUUCUUAUACUGAUGCAAUAGAAAGUAAUAGGAAGAAAGGCAGAAAUGGUUAUAGUAAAAAUGAUCGACUUCACCCUAUACCCGCUAUACCCAUCUUAUAUGUUGUUGUUUUCUUCACUUUUCAAUUGA